ACUGAUUGCUACGUGUAUGGGGCAGUUGUAUGAGUUGUAUCAACUGGUUGGAUGAACAUCAAAAUUUUUUGAUAUUUUGUCAAGUUGGUUGUGUUAGUUGGAUCGUGUUUGGGUUGGUCGUGCGAUUUCAAACGAUUUCGCCAUUUUAUUUCGGCUGUCAAACAGAGCGCGUCUACGGAGAAAAUAAAAAAUAAAAAUGAGUGAAUGCGAUCGCCAACUCCGCGAAUUUAUCGAAGUUGAUAAAGCCAUGCUGGAGCUGUGGAACAGCAAACUGGACUGCUACAAAAACAAAAAUGUACGCCGUAAAAGUUAUCAGAAACUUUUGAUAGAAUUUAAAAAAAUAAAAAACGAUGCAUCAAUAGACGAUAUGAAAAAAAAGUUGACAAAUAUGCGUACUUGCUAUCGCCGGGAGCUCAAAAAAACGUUACAAAGUGAAUCAUCUGGUGCAGGAGUUGAUUAUUUAUACAUUUCACCUCUGUGGUAUUUCGAGGAGCUCGACUUUUUGCGAGACCUGGAAAUACCUGUCUGGUGUAACAUCCAUCAGUUCGGAUGAAGAGGAAGAAGCGUCCGUUCCCGUGCAAUCUUUGAAGAAAUUUAAAAAAGGGGCUACCGAAAGAACGGAGUUUCUAAAGAAAGCAACCGAGCAUUUGGAGACAUCCAAAAAACAAAUGGAUGAAGCGGAAAUUUAUGCAAAUGCAUGGGCUUGCAUGUACAGGCAAAUGAAACCGGAGCAGCAACGUUUUGCAAAGCAAGCAGUAGACGAAGUGAUGCUGUUGGGCCGAUUUGGAAAAUUAUGUUUCAAUUAUCUGCACAGUCCUUCAAGCUCACCAAAUUUAAGUAGUCCGCAUGUAUCACGAACCAGCUCGCCUUUUUUAAGUAAUGACUCCCCACUUUAUAUUUCAACAUCUUCUGUAAGUCCAACUGAAUCAACAUCACGCUUUUCACAUUUUACUUCUUUGCCAACUGGAAGCCCCAUACAAGCAACAUCACAUUCGCAACGUUUAACUUCUGUGCCCAUACAAGCAACAUCACUUUCGCAACGUUUUACUCCUGCGCCAGCUAUAAGCCCCAUACAAGCUCCAUCACAUUCGCAACGUUUUACUUCUGUGACCAUACAAGCUCCAUCACAUUCGCCACGUUUUAUUUCUGUGCCAACUGGAAGUCCUGUAGAAUCAACAUCACAAACAAUUGAAAUAACUCCAGAGUUACAUUUUGCAGAUGAAAACGAAAGUCAAUACACAAGUGUUUUUGAUUUGUUGAAUGACUCCCAAUAUCAAUAAAUAAAAACAUAUUAAGAUAGAGUACAUACAUAUAUUUUAUUUCAUUUUUCUCACUUUUUGUUUAAAUUAUUUUUUUACUUCAUUUUUUAUGUUUUAGUUAUAAGAGAAUGAAUAUAAGUUUUAUUUAAAGAACACAA